GGGUGGGAGGUGAGGAGACAAAGAUCUGAGAGAUGCAGGCCAGUCCGCUGUAUCCUUCUAGCCUCUGGGAGCAGGCAGCAGGCAGCCUCAGCGCUGCUGCCACUCGAAAGCAAUGUAUUUUAAGCAAAUUUUUGUUUGCUUGAGGGUCCAUGGACAGAGAGCCCGGAGGCUGACUUUUUGCCUGGACCAAGGUCCAUUUUAGUGAGUGUGGAGAGUGAGUUAAGGUUGCUGCUACUGUUGUGUGGAAUAGGGAACAACUGUAGACUGCAACCGGCGUGUGGUGCUCUUAAUGUGGCUGGGAUUAAAAGAAAUCAGCGCUAUCUUCUUUCUUCCCAGCGCCCUGGAGUCUCUGCAAAAGCACCCUGGCCUGUUUCUGUUGUCCCUUUGGUUUUGUUUCUUUUCUAGGUCCUUUUCUAGGUGUCUUGGGUUUUAAACCCAAGACCUCUGGCUUGUAGUCGGCCAAUGAGUUCCAACAACUCCCAGCAGUCUUUUCCUUCUGUUUUUAUUGUUUUUGUUUGCUCAGUCUGUUUGCUCAGGUUUACUCUGUUGCCCAGGCUGAUCCUCAGUCUACCAGCUCCUGUGAUCCUCCUGCCUCAGAUCCCAGUAGUUGGGACUGCAAGUCGCUACUGGUGCCUGCCACAACCCCCAGCUCAGUCUGAGGUUUUUAGAUCCUAGUCUGGGAGACUGAGGCUAUGGUGUUCAUUCAUGUGUGUGUCAGGAGAGCAAUGAUUCUGAGAGCCUACGGUCCCUAAGAUGCCCCCUGCAGAGAGUUUCUUACUCUGUUUUCGUUUGUUUGUUUUUUGUUUUGCUUUGUGUGUGUGUGUGUGUGUGUGUGUGUGUGUGUGUGUGUGUGUGUGUGUCUUAUUCCUCAAUUUCUAGAAAGAGAAAAUGAGACAAGGGAGUCAAGAAGAACCAUACAAGACAGGAGGGAACUGGAGGACACUGAGGUAUUUCGUAGUUCAAGCACGCUGUAUUAGGGUUUUUUGUGGCUAUGGAAAUUUGACUCUACCGCCUUCUGGUUCUCUUUCAUGGGGAGCCCCUUUUCCCUGCUCCCCUCGGCCCGGAAGUGCAGAGGCCUAGGAGCUGCCUGCCGGCAACUGCCAGCAGCCGGAUUAGUUCAGGGAAGGACUUGCUCACCUGCUCCUCCUCUCUGACUCAAGUCAUAACAGGUAACCUGGUUCCCCUGGCCCGGCAGCCUGGGCGGGACAACAGGCAGGCGGGACCUGAUGAGAGGGAGCGAGAGCCAGGGGGCGCCUAGCCGCGUGAGGAGAGCUUCCCGGGAACGAGAGCACCGGGUGGCCUGUUUGUGACCCGGGAGACCCCCAGGUGGCAUGAGAGGUGCUACAAAGCUCUUAUCUGGAAGCAGGAGUCUUCCCUGAUCUGGACUGAACUCUGGAGCAGAAGCUGGGAAAACUCCAGACUACCUACACAUCCUGGCCCAGGCUGGGACCGGCGCAGCCCCUCCUUCCUCGCUGCCCCCUCCUCCCAGAAACUCAUCAUGGAGAGUAAGGAUGAAGUCAGUGACUCUGACAGCGGCAUCAUCCUGCAGUCUGGCCCAGACAGCCCUGUCUCUCCAAUGAAAGAGCUGACCAACGCCGUGCGCAAGCAGCAAAGGGCUCUGGAAGCAAGGCUGGAGGCCUGCUUGGAGGAGCUGCGCAGACUCUGCCUGAGGGAGGCGGAGCUGACCGGUACUUUGCCGGCAGAGUAUCCUCUUAAGCCAGGCGAGAAAGCCCCCAAGGUCCGGCGCAGGAUCGGAGCAGCAUACAAACUGGACGAGUGGGCCCUGCACAGAGAGGAUCCCCUGAGCAGCCUGGAGCGCCAGUUGGCUCUGCAGCUUCAGAUCACCGAGGCGGCUCGCAGGCUCUGCGCAGAGGAGAACCUUAGCAGGCAGGCACGCAGGCAGCGGAAGCACGCUGCGCUGCAGGAGGAGAAGAAGCUGCGGGACCUUCAGCGCUGCCUGGGUGAUCGGCGGCGGAACAGUGAGCCCCCUCCUUCCACUGUGCCCUCCCUGGGCAGAGAGCUCAGUGCCUCUGAUGACAGCUCCCUGUCAGACGGGCUACUCCUGGAGGAAGAAGACUCCCAAGCGCCAAAACCUCCCCCAGAGUCACCGGCACCACCUUCACGGCCUCUCCCACCCCAGAGCCUUGAGGGCCUGCAGCCAACAGGACCUGAAUCUGGCGGCCUGGAACGAGCCCCCAUCCAAAACAGUCCCUGGAAGGAGACCAGCUUGGACCACCCCUAUGAGAAGCCACGGAAGUCUUCCGAGCUCAGUAGCGAGUCCAGCAGCCCAGCUACCACUCCUCAGGACCAGCCCAGCCCCUCCAACCUGUGGGUGCUGGAUGCUGCCUCCUACCAGGUGGUCCCCAUCCGAAAUGUUCCUGGCCAGCGUCAGGGCCGCACCAGUGCCCCAGCCACCCCUGAGAUGCAGGGCAGGAGGGGCCAGUCCCAGUCUCUGAGGGUGGACUCCUUCCGAGCAGGUGCGGAGGGCCGAGGUCGCAGUGCCUUUCCCCGCCGCCGCCCCACUCAUUACACAGUGACGGUGCCAGACUCCUGCUUCACACCCAGCAAGCCCCCACUGCCGCACCCUGCCUGCCAUUCCUGUUCUGAAGACAGCGGCUCUGAUGUCUCCAGCAUCUCCCAUCCCACCUCACCCGGCAGCAGCAGUCCAGACAUCUCCUUUCUGAGGCCCCUCUGUCCCCCUGAGACUCCUCGCCACCGUGGAGCCUGGGGCCCAGCCUGUGGCAGAGAGCUGGUCACUCAUUACCCUAAACUUCUGCUGCCCGCUGGGUACUUCCCAACCGGGCGCUAUGUGAUGGUGGCUGAGGGCCACCUGCCGCCGGGCGAGUGGGAGCUGUGUCGUGCAGCUGUGGGUGCCGCCUAUGACGAGGAAGGUGCACCCCUACGUUACCAGCGGCUGGUGCCCUCCCAUAGCCGCAUUGUGCGCACACCCUCACUAAAGGACUGUCCUGCGGGCCGGGCACUCAGCAAGGCAGCUGUGUCAGAGGAGCUCAAGUGGUGGCAUGAGCGUGCACGUCUCCGGAGCAGCCGCCCCCACUCGCUCGACCGCCAAGGGGCUUUCCGUGUUAGGAGUCUGCCUCCUGGGAGGGAGAGCUUCGGGCGGGCCUCCGUACCCCGGACACAGGUGCCCCCAGUGUGUGUACUUCGGAGGUCGCCAGACGGGGCCCCCGUGCAAGUCUUUGUGCCUGAGAAUGGAGAGAUCAUCAGCCAAGUGUAACUCCUCUGAAAGCCUUGCCCAGUACUGGAAAAGACUUAAUAUUGGAGCUGGGAUCGAGGACCCCAUCACUCUUAAGUGCUUCUUUCGGCUCUCUUACCGUCGUCGCCGGCCGAUGACCCAGAGCUGAAACCUUUGUUUUUUACGUGUUUUCCAGAAGUCCGGACCUGAAGCUUUACAUCUGUGAUUUGUCUUCAUGGUUCUUAUAAUAUGAUCAUGCUUUAUCCCCCAGAGUCUGGCCUUUUGGAUUAAUGUCGCGCUGGACUAAUCGACAGCACUUGUCUCCUUAUGCAGGGCAAGUGGCAUAGAGGGCCCUUUGAGGCUUGGGCCUUCUUUCUGAGAUAGCUGCUGCUUCUUGCUGGAGGCAGGAUGUGGUUCUUCCUCAACAGAGACUCGUUUCCCUUGUUUCCCAGAUGCCAGGCAGGACUCUCCUUUAUAUGCUCUGUGACGUACACCCAGGGCACAGGGCAUUUCUGUCAGUGUUCUUCCCACACCCUAUAGUAGUCCCACCUCCACUUGCCAUAUUAUAUGGCUUCUGAGCCCCUUCCCCAGUGUAUAGAUGCCCUACCCUGACCCCAGUGUAUUCUCUGGAUCCCUAAGUGCCUUAGAUUCUGAGUCACAGAGCAGGGAGAUUUCUGAGUGCUGGUACCUCCCAUGCGUGACCAUCCCUCACAUUAACUUAUUGGUCUUACCUAACAGCUAUCUCGUGGUUGCACAGUGGUAGUGCCAAAUACGUCAAUAAAAUCUGAUUGGCCCAGCUGAGGAUGAAGGA